GAAUGAAGGUGAAAGAAUUAAUCACUGAUAGGAGAGGGUUUAACAAGUGACCAACUUGUGACUUCAUUUCCAACCUAGCACAAAUAAUAAUUAUAAUAACUGGUCAGCAGAAUGUCAAUGGACUUUAAAAAUUUUGAUGUGCGGGACUGCACUAUCAUAACCAAAGCUGUGAAGUCAAGAAAUGCUGAGAAUGUGGAGAAAGUCAUAGCCUCACUGUUGAGUCAUGGGCAUGACAUCACUGACAACCUCUGCACACCUGACCAACAGGGCUACUCUGCUCUUCAUUAUGCUGUUUUGUACAAGGAUCUUGCAAUGGUGAAGAAACUUCUCAUGCAUGCAGAUAAAAGGUGCAUAAACAUGGAGAGUCAUGAUCGAUCGACCGCUCUGCUGCUUCUCUGUAGAAACUGCUCAGCCUCAGACCUGGAGGAAGAAAUAUUGACAAGCCUUCUACAAGCUGGGGCAAAUCCCAACCUGCCUGAAAAAGAUCCAUUCUCCCUGCCCUUAUUGUGUGCCUUGGAGCGACGCUGGUGGCGAGGAGCUGAGCUAAUGCUGGACGCAGGGGCGGACGCCACAGCCACGGAUUUUGAGCACAAUGAGAUUCCAGCCACAUUCUUUGCUCGGGAUAAUGUUGAAAUACUGAGGAACCUUUUGAGUAGAGGAUGUCACUGCCCUUACCUCAAUGGUUGGAUAGUUAAUAGAAGCCUAACAGAUGCCCAGUUGAAGACCAUAUUGCCGUACAUAUUGUCUCACCCUUGGAGUUAUGAGCUGCAUGUUGUGCUGAUUGAUGCUGUCUCAGUAUCGUACCACGAGAGCGCUCUGUACAUUCUGGAGCAUUACGUGUUUGACGACAUGCAUAAAUUUCUGCGCAUACUCGUGCGCAUCUUUAGACUUGACAACGGAAUCAACUGGGCAGACAAGAACAA